AUGGCCGCCUACCCCGCCACGUUCAAGGCCUACGAGUACUACAAGUACGGCGACGCCAUGGAGGAGAUCAAGUUCAACGCCAACGUGACCCAGAAGCCGAUCAAGGCCGACGAGCUGCGCGUCAAGAUCUUCAGCGCCGCCGUGAACCCCGUGGACUACAAGCUGGUCACGUACGGCCCGCACAUCCUGCCGCACGCGCCCACGGCUGAGAACCCCUUCCGUGUGGGCUUCGACAUGGCCGGCAAGGUCGUGGAGGUGGGCAGCCACGUCAAGGACUACAAGGUGGGCGACGAGAUCUUCGCCAUGCCCGGCUUCGUCAGCUUCGGUACCUUCGGCGAGUACAUCAACAUUGAGACCAAGUACGUGGCCCCCAAGCCCAGCAGCAUGUCGUGGAACGAGGCGGCCGGCGUGCCGCUGGCCGGCCAGACGAGCUGGCAGGCGCUCGUCACCUACGGCAAGCUCCAGAAGGGCCAGCGCGUGCUCAUCCUGGGCGGAAGCAGCGGCACCGGCGUGUUCGGCAUUCAGAUCGCCAAGGCGCUGGGUGCUGAGGUCAUCACGACGUGCAGCCACCGCAACGUGGAGCUGGUCAAGUCGCUGGGCGCCGACCAGAUUAUUGACUACACCAAGGAGAAGUGGAGCGACCCGGCCUCGUGGAAUGACGCCGCGCAGAAGGUGCUCAAGGAGAAGACCGGCAUCUUCGUGACAAUUCUGACGGUCGACAAGCCCAUCGAGUCGCCCAUUGGAGCUACCUUUCACCAGAUCUUCAACGCGCCGUGCACCGAGUACCUGCUGGAGGUCAAGAAGCUGAUUGACGCUGGCAAGGUCAAGACGAUCAUCGACUCGGUGCACCCGCUCGAGAACGUGAUGGAGGCUUUCAAGAUUCAGAUGUCCAGCCGCGCCCGGGGCAAGAUCAUCAUCGAGAUCGCCAAGGAGUAA